UUCGGCGCGCGCGAUACCAAUUCAGAGAUAUUCGAGUCACGACAUCUGCGGCAUCACAUCGCGUGCCAACUUUCGUUGCGACCAAUUAAAAUAGCCUGCAAUCUUGAAACAGUUUUAUUUGUUUUCCCGUUAAAAACUCGCCCAUCAAUUUGGAUUUGAUUACGAAAGUAAAGUGACAAAUAGUUUGGAACGAGUGACCGUGCUAAGAAACACCGGUUGAGUGAUGCCAAAUCAGUGAUAAGUGAGCAGUCGCGAUCGCGGUGCCGGUUCGCGUAUAAUUUUUUGGAGAUCGAAUCAACAUCGAGAGGCUGCGAAGAAGAAAGGAAAGAAGAGCUCGGUUGCAUUGAUUGCUAAAUGGUCCAGUCAUUAAUAAUAGAUGAGCGAAAGCGGUCUCGAAAAACGAUGCGCCAAGGUCGCUCGGUCGGCACCGAGCACGACUGCUGCAUGAGCAGCGGCCAGCCGCUGCAAGGACUGCCCUGAACGUCAUCGCGACAUAGCGACCGAUCGCGACAUAAUGCGCUAGUGGCGAACCAGGCACGCAACCAACGAGUCGCGGAUGUCGCGGAACAGCUGACGGCCCGAGCGAACGAGUCAAUCCUAGGCGAAAAGAGAUACAGUGGAAGAGCGAGAACGAGAGAGAAGCACAGAAGAAUGUUCUCAACGACCAAAUCCAAAUUGCUGCUGGCGCUGGCCUCGUUGGCGCUGAUCUCGCUACUGCUGAGCGCCGCCGAGGCGACGCGCCAACCGGCGCCUCAUCACCGUCACCGCCACCGACACGAGCUUCAGCGCUUGCCCAGCUGGAAGCGCGACGACUACGAGGAGGAGUACUACAACGACAACGAAACCGAGGACGAAUACGACCAUGACGGCGAGCUUUACUCCGACGAGAGCGAAGAAGAGCAGAGAGACGAGUGGCCCAGUCGGCAUCGAAACCCCCACUCGAGAUACGAGUCCAGAUACUCGAGUUCCAAGUCGCGAUACCAUCGGUCGCGCCACCACGACGCAGCUCCUCACCGGUUCCACGCCCAUCACCGCGCGCGAUCGCCUGUCGCCCAUCACCGUCGGAGGUACGAGGAUAGCGGCAGCAGCAGCAGCAGCUUCGAGGACUACGAGGACAUGGAUGCCCUUGACAACGAGACUCACAAUCGGCUCGGCAAGCACAAACGUAAACGCACCAAUCAUCGCGCGUCCAGAUACGAUUUGAGAAAAGACUGGCGACAUCGUAACGACGACAACUACAACGACGAGGCCGCUCACGACAACGGCUACGACUCCGACUACGAGGACGAGGACGAGCGCGAGGAAUACGCCAGUCGCGCGAGGAAACGCGACCGGUUUCGCACAGGCCGAGUGGCGCACCAGGACGAGUCGCCGAGUCGACGUCCGAGUAGCGAGUGGCCCAAGAAAAUGAGACACCUGGCCAACGGCUCCAGGCUGUAUCAUCACGAGUCGUCCUGGUCGAAGAAGCGAACGAGCGCGCGCGAGGAGGCGCCGCCGGACGAGGAAGACCCGUUCGAGCAGCUUUGGAAGGACGACGACGCCGUGGAGCUCGACAACGACUUCUACAAGAACGACGACCACGGCGCGCCGCUGAAAACCUACGACGACAUCAUUCGCAGGCUCACCGAGGAUCGCGCGACCUCCACUGCCAGCACCACCACUACCACUUCGACUACUCCGAAAACGACCAAGCGCAAUUAUCGCAACAUCCAACUCGAGGCUCGUCUGCGGCCGGACGCCUUUGGGAAUCUACGCUUCACGGACAGCUCCCAGAGGAACGUCUCGUAUCGUGCAAAUAUCGUGCUCGACCACGACGGCACCAAAAAUGAGUCCGACUACGAGGACACCCAGGCCGACGCUAACACG